GAUGGCUGCCCAAGAUGGCGGCGCGCUGGGAGCGUAUCAUCUGCGUUUCUAGGAGCUUCACGCUGCGGGUUGCUUAAGAUUUUGGGGCUUUAGAGCCCCAUUGUAGCUCGGUCAUCUGGCGGGAAGUUUGACCUCGGAGAUGGCUCUGAGUAAAUCAAUGCAUGCAAGAAAUAGAUACAAGGACAAACCUCCUGACUUUGCAUAUCUGGCAUCCAAAUAUCCAGAUUUUAAGCAGCAUGUUCAGAUAAAUCUGAAUGGAAGAGUGAGUCUUAAUUUUAAAGACCCUGAAGCAGUCAGAGCUCUGACUUGUACUCUCCUAAGGGAAGAUUUUGGACUUUCUAUUGAUAUUCCAUUAGAGAGACUAAUUCCCACAGUUCCCUUAAGACUCAACUAUAUUCAUUGGGUUGAAGAUCUGAUUGGUCAUCAGGACUCUGACAAAAGUACUCUCCGAAGAGGAAUUGACAUAGGUACUGGGGCAUCCUGCAUCUAUCCUUUACUUGGAACAACUUUAAAUGGCUGGUAUUUUCUUGCAACAGAAGUAGAUGAUAUGUGUUUUAACUAUGCAAAGAAAAAUGUGGAGCAGAAUAAUUUAUCUGAUCUUAUAAAAGUGGUAAAAGUACCACAGAAGACACUCCUGAUGGAUGCUCUUAAAGAAGAAUCUGAGAUAAUCUAUGACUUUUGCAUGUGCAACCCUCCUUUUUUCGCCAAUCAGUUGGAAGCCAAGGGAGUAAACUCUCGAAAUGCUCGAAGACCUCCACCUAGUUCUGUAAAUACAGGAGGUAUCACAGAGAUCAUGGCAGAAGGAGGUGAAUUAGAGUUUGUUAAAAGGAUCAUCCAUGACAGUUUACAACUUAAAAAAAGACUAAGGUGGUAUAGCUGUAUGCUGGGAAAGAAAUGCAGCCUGGCUCCUCUGAAGGAAGAACUUCGCGUACAAGGGGUUCCUAAAGUCACCUACACUGAAUUCUGUCAAGGUCGGACAAUGAGAUGGGCUUUAGCUUGGAGUUUUUAUGAUGAUGUAACAGUACCAUCACCACCAAGCAAGCGAAGAAAAUUAGAGAAGCCAAGGAAACCCAUUACAUUUGUAGUUUUGGAGUCUGUGAUAAAAGAAUUGUCCCUUAAAGCAUCAUCUUUGGGCUCUGAGACAGUGGAAGGCAUAGUAGUUGUGACAAUGUGGAUUGAAAAAAUUCUCACCGAUCUGAAGGUGCAGCAUAAACGAGUACCAUGUGGAAAGGAGGAAAUUAGCCUUUUCCUAACAGCCAUAGAAAACUCCUGGAUUCAUUUAAGGAGAAAGAAAAGAGAACGAGUGAGACAACUGAGAGAAGUUCCCCGAGCUCCUGAGGAUGUCAUCCAGGCCUUGGAAGAGAAAAAGUUCACCCCCAAAGAGUCUGGCAGUGACCAAGAUUUGGCCCAGGGCCCCCAGGAGAGUGGUCUGUGUGGGCCUGCUCUACCGGAAAGCGAGUCUACCACCGCUGAGGGCCACUGCCCAAACCAGGAUUCACUUUCCCGGCAAGAGGAACCCAUGGAGGGGGAAAGGAGUGAGGAAAAGGGAGGGAUGGAGGUUUUGGAAAGUUGUAAAGGCUCGAGCAAUGGGGCCCAGGACCAAGAGGCUUCUGAUCAGUUCAGCAGCCCAGUGUCUGAAAAAGGGAACCAUUUCCAAGGAAUGACUGGACAUUACCUAUUCAAGUGUUUGAUAAAUGUAAAGAAGGAGGUAGAUGACGCCUUAGUUGAAAUGCAUUGGGUUGAGGGCCAGAACAGGGAUUUAAUGAACCAGCUUUGUACCUAUAUACGUAACCAAAUUUUUAGGCUUGUUGCUAGUUAACCCCAAACUUUAUGCAGUUGGGAACAUCUCUCUAAAUUAGCUUGCUUUGGAGUAGCCUGUGGGUGGCAAGAGGAAUUCCACUAUUGGCCCAUGGGUAACAUACCGAAUCAUCUUCAAAAAAAAAAAAAAAAAAGGAAACAAAUUAAUCUACUUUUAAAUCCUCCCCCCCCCCACCCCGCCCCUUUUUUAAACUUCACAAGGCAUUAGUAUGGUAGUUCAAGAGAAUGAAUUGUGGUUAUCAGCAUCAAUACGGAGCCAUUAGUAGACUCAUGAGGGAUUUAAACAUGACGUAGGCUGAUCACCUUAGCUUUAGGCCAGUUCCCUGAGGCCAAAGGGUUAUUUUUGUCUGGUUGGGUCAGAACUGCACAGAAUAUCAUGCUCUCUGUCACCCUCAGUUGCUCUUGAGGAGGGAUGGCUCUCCUUUCCUCCGAAUGGAGGCAGUGCCCCUGUGUCCUCUUCUAAAGUCACCUUCAAGACUGAAGACAUCCUCAUGGGAAUGUAUGAUUGAUUACUGCUUCAUCAACCCUGAAAAAGGCACUGGCCUAAUAGUAGGUGGCGGGAGAGUCAGGGAGAGAGAGCUUAGUAAUGCCCGGAAGACAGGCAGAUGUGGGGAAUGCCUGGAAACAUCACAUCCUGACUCAUGUCUGUUUUGAUGUUGCUUAUUUCAGAAACAGAAUUAGGUAAGCAAAACUCCCAGAUGUGACGAAGGCACAGUGGAAUGAAGCCAUAUCCCUACCUCCAACCUGUUUUUUAGCAGUUUUACUGGUAUUUGCUUUUUGUUUCAACAUUUGAAGUGGAGCUUUGGUUUGUUUUUAAUAUAGGAAUAUUCAGAAUUAAAAAGUGUCAAUCCUGUUUGAAUCCUGGGAUUGGGGGAAAUAUUUUCUUGACUUUGAGUGAGUAAAUGAUUGGAAUAAGAAACAAAGCAAGGAAGUUAAUGUAGGUUGCUUAAGAAAGUGUCAUCUGUUGACAGAUAAGUUGUAGCUGAUCAGAUAGUGCUUUUUGUGGGUUCCCUUGUAACUCCCUCUGUGCUCACCUGGUUACACUGGAGAAUUCUUGAGUCUGGGCUAACCAUGUUCUGAAAACAUCUUUCUAAUUGGAAUGUCAGGGCUCUGCAGAAAUGUGUCUCUAUGGAAAAGGAGUCUCUUCUUUUGUUUUUUUGGUUUCUCAGUUACCCUCUGCUUGACUUUCACAGCCUAAUUUUACCCCAGCAACAUAAGGUUCUGUUUACACUGAGAUUUUUGAGGAUUGUUUCAGAGCUGCUUGCCAUCUUCAAAGAAGACUGGGACUGGGUAGCUAAGCCACUCUUCUGAAAGGUGGCUGUUGGUUAGGGCAGAAAACUGAUGGCUUUAGCGUAUCUUGGCAGUACCUAGACCAGGCCCUCAGCAUAGGAAAUGAAAAUAGGACCCUAUUACACACAGAGCUGCAGAAGAGAAAAUAUUAACCAGUGUUAACUUGGCCAAUCCAUAGACGCUCUAGAGAAUGCAUAAACUCCCUGGGUUAUUUCCAGAAGCUCUGUAAACAUAAUGUAUUGUGUCUUUUGUCUUUGCUUUUGUUUUUUUCUGGACAGAAGGGUCCAUGACUUAGGAAAGAGGGGUCAGUGACCUGCAGAGGAUCAGGAAUUGCUCUUCUAGCCCAGCCUCUCAUUUGACAGAAUGAGGAAACCAAUGCCCAGAGUUACAGAGAGCCGAGAUCCAGUCCAGGGCCUUGGGUUCCCUCAGCCCAUGGUUCCUGUCCUGUGCCCACCCACACUGUCCUGCUGUAGUUAUUUCUGAUGACAUUUGAAUCAUAUGCUGGACCCAAACCUAAUUUCUGUCUUGAUAGAAUUUUAGGAUAAUUGAGUUAAAUGGCAACUAUUCAUUUGAUGAGUGGUCACUAAGUAUAUAUUAUUUUCUUGUUUGUUUCAUCAUUGAAGAAUAGACAUUAUGCGUUAAAGAUUUGGAAUAAAUGUAAGUAGAAAAGAGCCACAAAAUCACCGCCAGUGUCAGUCUUCUUAAACACAUCCACUUGUCAGUGUUCCAUGUUUCCUUCUAGCCGCUUUCUGUCAGUCAGGUGGGCGAGUGUGGGUUCGACUUGGAUUGUUCUCAUGCUGGGUAUUCAGUUUCAUGUUGUACUACAUCUUAACAUCUUGUAUUUUGCCGUGUUACACAGUAGUACUUAAACUCUUUGUCUGUGCACAGCAUAUUUCAGGCAAGUAUUAGCCUUUGCUUAAGUUCUAGUACUUAGAGAUCCCCAGAGAAUACUCUGUGUAACUGGAGGCACAAAAGAUGUGUCUUGUGGCUGUGUGUGUUUCAGUGCCCCACCUUUAAAUUAAGGCCUGGUGUCCGGGAGAGGUUGUAGGUGUUAAGCUGAUGCUCUUAGAAUUUAAAAGCUGUUUGAUGAGGGAAGCUUCUGCUGCUAGAGUUGCGAGUGCCUGCUUUGCACUUGGAUGCCUGCCUUUUCUUCUCCAAGAAUAGUUUAUUUCUAUCUAGUGAGAGAACAUUGAGAACAUUUUUAAAAGACAUCUAAAAAUUAUUUUAGUUAUAUCGUACUUUAUAUUUGUGUGAUGUGUGCUAAUAUAUACCUGUGAUUUGGGGAAAAAUAGAUUUUUUUUCUUUAAAGAAAUAGGUUCCUGACCCAUGAAUCAUAUGUUGAGUGCUACUGGCCUUAGGUGUCUGAAGGUCAAGUUCAUGUUACUGGAUUGAUACAGAAUUAAAUCUUUGUGUUAUUAUCUUAAAUUCUAUUCUGGUCCCUGGCAUUGGCUUCUGAUUGCUUGAUAAAGUGGGAACAGAAGCUGAACUUGUUUCCCAAAGGCCUCUAAAGCUGCUUUUGUUCUCUGGAAUCUGCUUUUCUUCCAGCAGUUGAGUUCCUUCACCCCACAUCCUUGCCCAGCUAUUCACACACCAGAGCAGUGCUGCAAGUCCUAGCAGGGUGGGCACCUCUUUUGUGGAGUUGCAGCUAAUCAUAAGGGUUCAUAUUGAUGACUUAAAUUUUUAGUUUAUGUUCUUUGAGGCACGAAACCUCUCUCCUCUUAAUGGAAAUGAUGUCAGCACACCAACUUCUAAGCUCUGACAAGUAAUAGCACUGCAGAAUGUGGGAAAGAUGCAAAAUCCUGUAGAAAAUCUUAAGGGAGUAAGUCCCUCAAUCUUACUUAAACCACAGCACUUUUCUCUCACGCCACACAGGGGCACCAUUGGCCCUUUCAUCAAGCUCUGUAACGUCACUGUGGGAGCAGAUAAAAUUCUGUCCUUGGUAUUUUCUUGAAAUAUCCAGUUGCUACCCAGAUAUUUUUAUGUAAACAAGUACAUUUUCAUAUAAAUAUAAAAAACAAAAGUAGAAAUGGGGGGAACCACCACCACCACCCCCUUUUUUUUUUUAUCUGGGCAUAAUCUUUCAACCCUUUAAUGGGUCUUGUGGUCCCAGUUGACUGUUUUUUCUUUUCUUUUCAUCUACUCAGUCCUGCUACUCUAGAAGAUACCCGGGUUGGGUCAACUUUUUAUUGGUAUCUAGUUAAUGGAGGUAUUAGACGGGAUGUUAGUGAUCUUAAACAGUAACUUUCAGAUGUCUUCUGUUCCCGGAAGUCUAGAGAGCUCUAAGAAUGAAAUUGUUUUCAUUGUUCUUUUAAUUCUUAUUUUGGUUUAUCUGGCCAGCUGACUAACUUGCAUGAAAUAUGUUGUUUAUAUAUCAAAAGUUGGUACAGUUGGUUCUGUGUUACAUCUAUUAUGUGGGUUAGCUGAGCCUUGUUUCCCAUAAAGGGUGUUUCUGUAUUAAACAUGUAUAUUUCUAACCCUGGAAUCUGUGUGGGUUCAAGGAGAAGUUCCACCUUCCCUUGUUUUUAUGACACUCAGUCAGAUGUAACAGGGGGCCACCCAAAAGAUCUACACAUUAGGAAGAAGAAGGUCCAUUUUGGAAAACUAAGGAACCCGCUGGGAGAAAGGAAGUCUCAGAGGUGCAGCAUUUUUACAGCCAUCUAGGAGGUGCCCCUAUGAGAGGGAUGGGACCACAUCAUUUUUAGGGAAGUUGGUGCUCAGGAGAUUUGGUUUGCUGAAUAAGCACUACUAACCCCAGGAAACCCCAGAAGAGGCUUGUAGUGGGAGUGAAUUGGUUUCUGCCUCCAGGAGCAGGGCAUUGAUAGUCUUGAAUGCUUCUGAGUCCAAAUCUCCUGGUGCCAGUGCCAGCACAGUAGUAGAAAGCCCUGCAUGGGCUCAUGCCACUAGCAACAGGGCCUCACACUCAUACCAGAGGGCUCCCACUCUGCUCCAUAAAGAAAUUCAGAUCCUCUUCUGUGACUCACCAAAUGACUAAAACAGCAGUUUAUUUUUUUAAUUGCUGGUUGGAACAACUAAUACUCCCUUUUAGAACAACUAAUGCUGCCUUUUGGAAGCUGUGCUUUUACUCCAGGGGACUAUGUUGUGACUGAGUGAAGGCCUUGCACCUCUGAAUGCCCUUUGAGGUGUAGCCCAUCUGCCUCUCGCAGCCCAAGCAGGCACAUCGGGGACUCCAGGUGCUCCCCCGGGAAGUGGAGGAUUAUGGGUGCUUGUUAUGAGCUGGGACACAGAGAUGAGGAGAUGUGCACCAGAAAGUGCAGGUGGACUUGGUGGAAUUGGCUUGUCUGUGAUGCCCCCAAGAGGGCAAAGGAUGCUUUUUGACCACCCUGUGGGGGAAGGAGAACCAGAAAAGAACAUAGAUUUUGCAGUUCAUCAGACCUGGGUUUACAUUCCAGUUCUAUUUACAGGGUAAGUCAGUUUCACUAAGCCUUGGCUUCCUCAUACAAAAGAUGCAGAUGUCUUCACAGAGUUGUAGCAGCAGUUAAGCGAGGAGAGUGCAGAAACACCCAAAAGAGUGCGGAAUCAAAGAGGAGGCCUCUCAGCUUGCUCAUCUUGUCUUGAGUUUUCAAUUUCUGGUCAGAAAAUCUUCUGCCAAUAGAUUCAAGUAAAACAGAUAAUGAUCUCAAGUGUAUGCUGGCAGGUGUAGAGUGCCAUUACUGACCAAAAACAAAACCAGGCUUCCAUGUCCUGGAGGGAGAACAGGGAACCAGUAUUGAUUGGUCAUCUUCUACAUGGUUUGCCUCAUUUAGUAACUCUGCAAAGGGGUGUGGUUUCCCUGUAUGAGAGCUGAAAGAAAUGGAAGUUUGGAGAGACCUCAAGUGACUUGGUCUAAGGUUAUUCACAGAACAAAGUCAGAAAUGGGAUUUGAUCUUGAGUCCAGAGAUCCAAGAUGGGGACCUUGUACCAAAUCUCAAAAUUCCUAGCAAGAGCUACCCUUAGGCACAUAUGGACUUGCAGACUCAUUUGACUUAGCUCUGGAGAAAGGAGACUCCAAUUACAUGACACAGGGAAGAGUGUCUCUUAACCAACUUACAGUUAAGCACUUUAAGGUUAGCACUUUCCAGCCUAUGAUCAAUGAGCAAGAUUUAAUAAGUGAAAUUGCUUAUAAUUAGUUCUUAAUUUAUGUUACCAAAUCUUAACAGAAUUUUGUAUUUGGCAGUAAUACAGAUAAUUAAGUAGUGAAACCACAUAAAUGAAUAGUGCAAGCACAUGCUGGAUCAGAAUCAAUGUAAAAUAACCGAUGAUUAGGUAAUGAUUCUUUGACAAUACAUAAUUGUAUAAUAAUGCAAGAUGGGGGUUAUUUUUUUUACAUUUUAGUAGGCAGCUUCAAAUAUUUCACUUACAGAACACACAACAGGUGCUUUUGAUGUUGAUGGAAAAGGUAGCAGUUGUCCCAAAGGCAGCAAGUCGUGGCGCCCAGGUAGGCUGAGGGAACUCCUAUACAUCGGAGGGGACAAAAAGCGCCCUGCCGUCUGGCAGAACCGUUCAGGGAGUGUGGCUCCGAGAGGCCAGAAGCUCGAGCCAGGAAAUUCCCAGCUGGGGGACUUGGUUGGCUUCAGCAGCCCCCCAGGAAAAUGGCAGCUUGUGUUACCACUGUCCAAAAAGAGAAGGCUAUGCAGACAACAGUACUGACUGACCCCUGCUGGGACAGAGGGUCAGGUGGGGUCCUGUGCCCAUAGAUUGGCUAUUCCAGAGGCUUGAUCUUGAUGUUUUUUGCUGGGAAAGGGGAUUCCCAGGCUGGUCUGACGUAGGCUCCUUAAUUGAGAUAUGUUUGUGCCAGGAUUCUUGCCUUCAGGGCCACAUAUGGACCAAACUCUGGCCUGUAUUUCAGUGAACCUUAGAUGAGUGCUAAUAAGGGCUUUUUCAUUCACAAAGAGAAGUAUUUCCUCAUCUUCUGCAGCAGGGGCCAGCCAAGAAGGAAUAGAACUUGUGCUCUGGCUGAAAGGAAGUAGCUUUUAUUUCGUUACUGUUGGUUAUCGCCAUGCAGAGAACUGAUGAGUACCCAGUGAUGUUGGAUCUUCUGAUUUUUUGAGGGAAACCAAAAAUCCAGAUUUAUAAGACAUUUACUUAAUUGUAAAUCCUGACAACUAAUUAAAUGUUUUAUAAAAACUCUGGAGGCUAUCAGUUUAUGACCUCUUCUACCAUCAGGUGGGAGAACUGUCUAAAUAUUUGCCACCUCCAUUUUCCUAACUUCGGCUACUGAAGUCUGGUUGCUGCCUGCCUUCCUCUUUUAGAGUUUCUUACCUCUUAAAGGAGAAUCCCAAAGAUUGUGUCCAUGGGCCUUCUCUGCUCUUUGCUCCCACUUCUGGCUGACCACCUACUCCAGUGACUUCAACUAUUGCUCACCCACCUUUCCUCAUGCCCAAAUCUAGACCUUUCCUGAACUUUGAACAUCAUAUACCUAACCACCUGUAUUGGACAUCCUCCCUGCCAACUGUGGCUGUGUGAAAUUCAACUUAUUUUUUUAUACCUGUUUCUCUCCUAUAUUCUUUUUUUUUUUUUAAGAGUUCAGGAAUUUAUUAUCCAUAAUAUAUAGGGUGAACUAAUAUAGUUAUCUGUGUAUUUUAAUGGACUUUUUUUGUUUCUUUUUUUAUUUUUUAUUAAGGUAUCAUUGAUAUACACUCUUAUGAAGAUUUCACAAGAAAAACAAUGUGGUUAUUACAUUCACCCUUAUUAUCAAGUUCCCCCCCUCAUACCCCAUUGCAGUCACUGUCCAUCCAUGUAGUAAGAUGCCAGAGUCCCUAUUUGUCUUCUCUGAGCUACACUGUCUUCCCCGCGACCCCACACACCAUGUGCACCAGUCAUGACACCCCACAAUCCCCUUCUCCCACCCCUCCCCUUUGGUAACCACUAGUCCCUUCUUGGAGUCUGUAAGUCUGCUGCUAUUUUGUUCCUUCAGUUUUGCUUCAUUGUUAUACUCCACAAAUGAGGGAAAUCAUUUGGUAUUUGUCUUUCUCCGCCUGGCUUAUUUCACUGAGCAUAAUGUCCUCCAGCUCCAUCCAUGUUACAAAUGUUAGGAUUUGUUUCUUUCUUAUGGCUGAAUAGUAUUCCAUUGUGUAUAUGUACCACCUCUUCUUCAUCCAUUCAUCUACUGAUGGACACUUUGGUUGCUUCCAUAUCUUGGCUAUUGUAAAUAGUGCUGCAAUAAACAGGGGUGCAUAUGUCUUUUUGAAUCUGAUAAGUUGUUUUCUUUGGGUAUAUUCCUAGGAGUGGAGUUCCCGGGUCAAAUGGUAUUUCUAUUUUUAGUGUUUUGAGGAACCUCCAUAUUGCUUUCCACACUGGUUGAACUAGCUUACAUUCCCACCAGCAGUGUAGUAGGAUUCCCUUUUCUCCGCAUCCUUGCCAGCAUUUGUUGUUCCUAUUCUUUUCUGUGUUGGCCAUCCUAAAUGGCGUGAGGUGAUAUCUCAUUGUGGUUUUAAUUUGCAUUUCCCUGAUAAUGAGCGAUGUAGAGCAUCUUUUCAGGUGCCUGUUGGCCAUCUCCUAUAUUCUUUAUCACCACCUACCCAGCCGUCCUGAUUAGAAAUCUCUGCUCCUCUCUCUUCUUCACCAUCAGGCACUAAAAUCUUUCACCUGGAAAUAUCUCCCAAAUCCAGCCCAACUCUCCAACCUUAGUGCCACUGUCUUAGUGCUGUUCCUCACCUCUCACCUGGACCAUUUCUAGAGAGCGUCAGAGCUGAGCAGAAGAAAUAUUUUAGAUAGGUUGGGAGAUGGGGGUGGGGGAUGAAGAAACCUGCUUUGGGUGACAAAACAACUUUCAGAAGUACUAAGAUGGAAAGUAGACCCAUAGUAACAGGUUACAUUAGUUGAGAUAGAAGUCUGAGGCCCUUCCUGAUAAGGCACAGGAAAACUACCCCCCUCUUUCACUGCUUCAUUUUAUAAAAGUAAUGAACUUUCAUUAUAAGAAAUUUAGAAAAUGAUGAAUAAAAAUUUAUAAUUCUACUCAAAUGGAGUUAUUUUACAUUUUGUUAAUCUUAGUAUUUUUAUAUGCAUAUAUAUUUUUAAACAGUAAAUGUGGGGUCAUUGUUUAUUGCAGUUUUAUAACCUUUCAUUUAGCAAUAUAUUGUGAUAACCCUUUUCUGAUUAUAAAACUAAUCUGUGUGUCAAAAUGUGUAACAAUAAAAAUUACUAAUAACACACUGCCCAAAGACAACCACUGUUAAUAUUUUGGUUUAUUAACAACUCUGUGUUCUUCAGCAUGCCAUAUUGUGAAUGUUACUUCACUACACUAAUUGUUCAUGUUAGAAAUUUAGGUUUUCUUGUUUUCACUAUUAUAAAUAAUGCUUUAGUGAAUAUCUUUGUAUGAAAAUCUGUGUUUUCUUACUGCUUUAGGAUAAGUUUAUAUACGAAUUACUGAAGCAGAGGAUAUGACUCUUAAUGACUCUUCAUAUAUACAGUUGACCCUUGAACAGUGUGGGGUUAUUGUGCCAGCCCCCUAAUAGGCUGUUAACCAGAAGCCUUACUGGUAAACAUUUGGUUAACACAUAUUCUAUAUAUGUGUUAAACACUGUAUUCUAACAGUAAAUUAGCUGGAAAAAAUAAAAUGUUUUUUUAGACUGUUGGCAAAUCUCAAAUUUUCCAAUUCAGUUACUGAAAAACUAAGUGGACCUGCACAGUUCAAAGCCAUGUUGUUCAAGGGUCACCUCUGUUGCCACAUUGCUCAUUAAAAAGGUUGUGCUAGUUUACAUUUCCAUGAAUGCCAUUUUUAACACACCUUUGAUAGCACUACAAAGCUAAUUUUUAAAAAUCCUUUAUCAAUUGAUAAGAAUAUUCUCAUUGUCUUAAUUUGUUUUUGGUAUUGGCAGUGUCAGACAUUUUCAUGCAUUAUACAUACUUAUGAUACAUAUUUCGUACAUUGUUUUAUAAAAUUUAAAUUGUGUUCUAUGUUCA